AGCAGUGCACGCAAUUGUGGAUUUGGGGUAUAAACUGACCCAUUUGACGAAUUUGCUUUGACGAGUUUUGGAAGUGUGUUGAAGCCUGUUUCAGUUUCUUACUUUGUCAAAGUCGACUACUACUUGAUUCUUCUGCAGUCAAAUUUUACAGGGAAACUUUUUUGACUUCCUUUUCCCUUGAAGUUGAUUGUACCGUGGUCUAGGCAAGAACGCGAAGCAAGCGCGGAGCCUGAUAAUUCAGUGACUUUAACUCUGAUUCUAGUUUAUUUUGUCAAUGACAAGCACACGGUGGAAGUACCGCUCCAGCGCUAUUGGUGCUUUAAUGGCUGUUUCAGCAUACACAAAUCCAUAUCUACGAAAUUAUGGUCUACAGGUAAAGACGAACCACGCAGAUGUCGGUCUGGCUGUCAGCAGGUACUGGCAGGCUCUUGUACAUAACCUCAGCAGCUUUAAACUUGUGAAUUUCUGCCUUUUGAUGUUUUUUGUACUCUUCAAUUUGGUCAAAUGGACCUUGUUUGGCAAGCUUUCAGACAACGAAGUCAGUCAUCUCAGAGACAAGAUCAGCUACACUAUAUGGGAGUUUUGGUUCGGGUUUCUCAUAUUCCUUCGAGAAGCCAACCAAAUUCAAACAUUGGAUCCCUUGAAUACGGUGGUACGACAUGAGUUUGUGAAGUAUUCAGGAUUCUUUCUUUGUAUCGUCUUGUUGAAGAGUUUUCAUGUCAUAUGUGCUGAAAGAGCAUACACUUUAUCCAACCAGUCUCACCCGACAUCCACCGACCUUGUGCAGUAUAGGCGAUUGGGGUAUGGAGUUCUAAUGAUUAAUUUCAUUGAUAUUUUGUUAAUCUGCUCCUUCUUCCAUCAAAUGUACUACACCUAUUGUGGCAACUCGAUACUUCGAUUCAAGGAUAACAUUCUUGUUGCCAUCUUUGGAUUUGAGAUUUUGCACCUGUUUCCCUUGGUGUUUUUCACGGGGAUUAAGUAUACUCUUGACUACUAUGGGAAAAUCACUUUUUUUGAUCUGGAAUCAAAUACCUUGACCAAUUAUGCAGACUGGCAAGUCAAGAAGGCCAAAAUCAUCAGUUUGGUGGAAUUUUCUGUGAAUUUAAUUAGGUUCGGAAUGUCUUGCACGUUUGCAAUCUUGUUCUUAUACUUCUACACCUUCCCAUUCCACAUUUUACCGUCGUCGUACUUAAGCCUUCGGUUGCUUAUCGUCAAAGCGAGAUGUUUAAUUAGCUUGGAACGAAGAAAUAUUAAACUCAAAAAGCUUAAUCUACCCACCACAAUAGAUCCCACUGCAAGAUGUAUUAUAUGCUUUGAUAAUCUUAAUAGCUCGUCUGUUGACGGUGUCAGAUGCCUCAAUUCAUGUGAACACAACUUCCAUUAUUCUUGUUUGAAGAGUUGGCUUGAAUGCUCCGAUAAUUGCCCUGUUUGCAGGACAAAAAUAUAGGCUUAUUUAUUAGUUAAGAUGCAGUAUUGAAUACUUGUGUCAAUAUACAUUCAUACCCGGUA